AUGUCGGAGAAUUAUGAUGGAUUUGGACCUUCUCUUAAGAGAUAUCUUUGCCCGACCAUUAAGAGAUUUGUCACCACAGUAUUUUUGAAUGAAAUGCUGUCACAAUGGUCUACAAGUAUAUUUUUGAUGUUAACGUUCAACAUACUAGUAGUUUCACAAAUUUCACUAGAAAACUGGUUUUGUGGUCAGAUAGGAAUAAUUAGGCUCCUUUCUUAUAAUUCUAUGUCGGGUCAUUGUUGGAAAUACGCAGCUCAAGUGAAUCACUGCUGCGCUAUGCAUGACAACUGUUAUGACCUUCAGCAUGGACGUAACACAUGUGAUAAUAACUUUUGUAAUUGCUUAGAGAAAGUGGAAACACGGAUGCUAACUGCUGCUUAUAUAGUAGCCAAGUGUUUACAUGAUCUGAUGUGGAACGUUACCUUUAUCAGUACGAUGAUGUCAUUCACUUCAUUUUAUAUGGAGCAUUAUUCUGUGAUAACGGUUGAGGGAAACAAGAGAGAAACCUAUGCUUUGAGUAAUGAUUCCAAGUCGUGUCUAUAUUACAUUGGUAUCGAAGGAGUGCUUAAAGAAGCUAGGGCGUACCCCAGAAGCGACGCGCAUUGUCCUCGUCCGGGCAAUGUGGCAAAUAUGCGAGGGCUACCGGCUAGAGGACGGAGCCGGCCAAAGAAGUUAGUCCGCCAUCGCCAGCAACAUCCAGUGCGCUUGGCAACACUUAACGUUGGGACGCUUACUGGAAGAAGUCGUGAACUGGCAGACAGUCUCAGAAAACGCCGUGUUGACAUAUGUUGUGUACAGGAGACUCGCUGGAAAGGCUCCAAGGCAAGGGAAUUAGGCGAUGGCUACAAGCUCAUCUACCACGGCACAUCAAAUCGCAACGGCGUUGGUAUCAUAUUGAACGAGUCGUUUAGAAAUAGCGUCACAGCGGUGGAUCGACUAUCGGAUCGCUUGAUGGCUGUAAAAGUAGAUACAGGAGAAGUGGAAUUGCGAGUCGUAUCUGCUUAUGCGCCACAGAUGGGCUGUGGUGAAGAAGAGAAGGCGUGCUUUUGGGAAGAUCUGGAGCAGUCCGUCCAAUCCCUGGAAGGCGAAGAAGUACUUCUAAUCGGAGGAGACUUCAACGGACAUCGAUGUCGGUUCUCGGAAAGACGGGUUCGAGAGUUGUCAUGGUGGAUACGGUUUUGGAGCUCACAACGACGACGGGUUGCGAAUCCUGGAGUAUGCUGUUGCAAGUGA